AUAAUGAAUAUCUAUGUGCUUGGACUUCUCUUUAUUACAUUAUGUCUUAGUCAGGCAAAAGUUAUAAAGGAAGAGUCCGAUACAUGUCGAGAAUUACUGAGCGAUGAAUUAAUAAAAGAAAUCGGUUCAUACGAAAAUGUAAGAGACGAAAUAUUGAAUUAUGUUAUCGAAGGAGAGUUUAAGGGAAAAACUUAUGACGAAUUAGCCAAGUUUGUUGAUAAGUUCGGUGCGCGUCCAUCUGGCACCGAAGUUCUCGAAAAUUCUAUCGACUACAUGAUUGAAUUAACACGCGCGGAAGAUAUAAAUGAUAUAGUAACAGAGGAAUUAGAGGUACCGCAAUGGACUAGAGGAGAAGAAAGAAUAACUAUGUUAGAACCAAGAGUUAAAAGUAUAUCACUAUUGGGGCUAGGCCGUAGUGUGAGUACACCGCCUGAAGGCAUAACGGCGGAAGUAGUAGUUAUUAGUGACUUCUUAGAAUUAGAAAAUAGUCCAGAAGAAGAUAUUAAGGGGAAAAUUGUCAUAUAUGAUCCUGUUUAUACCACAUAUGGUGAAACUGGAGUAUAUCGAACACAAGGUGCAUCCAGAGCAGCAGCAAAAGGUGCUGUAGCUUCAUUAGUACGUUCAAUUACACCAUUCUCUAUUAAUUCGCCACAUACUGGUGCACAAACAUAUAAUGAAAAUGUGACAAAAAUUCCAACAGCUGCUAUUACACUAGAAGAUGUUGAUUUAAUUAGAAGAAUAACAAAACGAGGAGAAAGAGUAGUUUUGAAAAUUGAAAUGACAUCUUCUUACGAUACUAAAAUAUCGAGAAAUACUAUUAUUGAUCUAAAAGGAAGAGAAAAGCCUGAAAGCCUUGUAAUUGUAUCGGGUCAUAUUGAUAGCUGGGACGUUGGUCAAGGAGCUAUGGAUGAUGGUGGUGGAAUAUUUGUUAGUUGGGCGGCUCCUGUAAUACUCAAACGUUUAAAUUUGCAACCACGAAGAACAGUAAGAACAAUAUUAUGGACGGCGGAAGAACUUGGUUUGAUUGGUGCCUAUGCUUAUGAAGAAAAACAUCGAGAUGAAAAUCAUAAUAUUAAUUUUAUAAUGGAGUCUGAUGAAGGCACAUUCGCUCCUCUUGGCUUGGCUGUGGCAGGUAACCAACAAGCUCGGUGUAUUAUUGCAGAGAUUUUGAAACUAUUUAAAUCAAUUAAUGCUUCUACUUUAAUAGAAGACGAUAGCCCAGGUUCUGACAUAGCUGUUAUUACAAAUACCGGUAUUCCAGGAGCUAGUCUUCAUAAUGCUAAUGAAAGAUAUUUUUGGUUUCACCACACUGAGGGCGACACAAUGAAUGUAGAAGACGAACAUGAACUUGAUCUUGGAGCUGCUUUUUGGACUACAGUUGCGUACAUAAUUGCAGAUAUUUCUAUCGAUAUACCGCGAUAA